AUCAUUUCAGAGUGGCAAGCUACUGUUGUUUUGACAAUGCAUAAAUUCCCAAACAAUGGCACAAACCCAGAAGAAGAACGCUCGAAUAUGAAAAUGGAAGGUGAAAAGGCUAUUAUGAGAGAUCAGCAAGAACCAAGGGAUACUUUCAGAAUUGCCUACUUAAUCCAUUUCUUGCUUGGUGUUGGCAAUUUGCUCCCUUGGAAUGCUUCAAUCACAGCAGUUGAUUACUUCGGCUACCUGUAUCCAACCAGACACGUCGAGAAGGUUUUCUCUGUUGCUUACAUGACUUCUUCUGUGCUCCUUCUGGUUCUUAUGAUUGCUUGGGAUGGAUGGUCAAAGAAGACAAGCUUUAGAUUUCGAAUGAACAUGGGUUUUUCUUUGUUUAUCCUGUCUAUUCUAGUAUCUCCUAUUAUGGAUUGGGCUUCAAGCAUGACCAGCUCGAGGUGGAGACCAAACGAAGCUUACAGUGUGAUUGUUGCAUCAGUUGUCGCGUGUGGUUUGGCUGAUGGCUUAGUAGCAGGAAGUUUGAUAGGAUCAGCUGGCAGGCUGCCAAAACAAUUUAUGCAGGCUGUGUUUGCAGGGACUGCUUCUUCAGGUGUUCUUGUUUCAAUCUUGAGGAUCAUUACAAAGGCCUCACUUUCACAAUCACCAAAGGGCCUACAAAAGAGCGCGCAUUUGUACUUCAUCGUUGGUGCUUCGAUCCUCUUUUGCUGCAUAGUGUCGUGUAACUUGUUGUGCAAGCUGCCAGUGAUGCAGCAUUAUUACAGAGAUCUUCUAGAUGAACCUCCAUGUUCAAAAUCUAAGUUCUGGAUGGUGGUGGGUAAAAUUCGGUGGCCUGCAUUCGGAAUUUUCAUAACUUAUGUCGUUACGCUAUCAAUUUUUCCAGGAUUCAUAGCCGAGGACCUGGAAUCAAAACUGCUUCAAGAUUGGUAUCCUAUUCUACUGAUCACAAUAUACAACAUUGCAGACUUAGUUGGAAAAUCUCUAACUGCAAUAUACAUCUUGAAAAACAUAAAAAAAGCAACAUGGUUUUGCAUCAGCAGGCUUCUAUUUUAUCCACUGUUCAUGGCCUGCAUCCAUGGCCCAAGGUGGCUGAAAACCGAACUGCCCGUGAUUGUUCUGACUUUUUUGCUCGGUUUGAGCAAUGGAUAUCUGACAAGUGUUAUCAUGAUCAGUACUCCCAAGUUAUUACCUGCAUCAGAAGCAGAGUUGUCUGCCAUUGUAAUGGUUGUUUUUCUGGGCAUUGGGUUGGUCGGUGGCUCCGUUCUAGGCUGGUUUUGGAUCCUUUGAAGUUGAACCAAACUCAAUAAAUUGUUCAGUAUCCCGUUCACAGAAGUUCACAAAUGAGGUACUACAAGCUAAUAAAAUGCUGUCUUGUCCAAAUUGUCUGAAUAGAGAACUUUUUGCCAAUUUUUCAACAAGAUAUAAAGUGCGCAAGCAGACAAGUUAACAGGCGUAACAUUUAAACCACCACCAUGUUCAACUGCUGAAAAAAGCAAACCGAACUCGAAGACAUGAAGAAGAAGAAGCUGACAGAAACUUUUUCACUCAAGUAGCAUCUCUCUCCAUGUUCAAUCUUGGAUAGUAGUAACAGAUUUAGCAUUAGAAAUCAGUUGUAGUUUCCCCGUUUCUUUCUUCUUACAGGUAAAUUCAGGCACUCUAUUUUCUCUCCUUCAAAAACAAAAUUUUAUAAAGAAAUUGUAGUGAAAUCCCAAUUUAAACUA